CACACCAUCCCCAGAAUGGCUUUAAUGCUACACUUAGUUAGAAGCCUCAGCGUAACUUGAUCAUAAUGGGCAACUGCAGUUGAACCAUGUUGCUUAGCAAUUAGAACAACAAGAUGGCUGACAGUCUUCUUGUAAAAAAUGAGGGUGUGUUAUAAAAUCUUGAAGUCCUCUCAUGUAAAGUUGGUAUAAAUUAUCAGAAAUCAGCUGAAUGUGCGGUUGAUAAGUGCAUGUUGCUGGCUGCUUUUAUCUAUCAUUCUAGAUGGGGUGAUAUCUGUACUUAUGUAAGAACUAGUAGGGAUGAGAAAUUAAUUGCUUUUCCACAGAUAACUACCAACCCAUUAACUUUUAACCCUCAAUUAAACCAGAUUUUGCCAUAUAGACCCAAAUGAAAGUCACAUAUUAUUUUUCUUCAGAGUGUCCUCUUUAAGCCAAUAUGUUUUUCACUUGGGAGGCAUGGUUACUUUCUGAGAUAUUUAAUUUUCAAUCUUCGUAGUAUUUCAAGUUAGGUUGUACAGUUUAACACAUUAGAACUUAUCAAUCACCUGAAAAUGGAUCAUUUGGAAAGUCAUAAAAAAGCUCUCAAUGCAUUAUGUAGAUUGUGUGCCUCAAAAACAACAUUUAGUAAAAGGAAAGUAAAGAAGAGGCCUUGUAUUUUGAUACAAUUGGAGUUAUUAAAAUAUUCAGAAAUCAAUUUGGAUAAUGAUAAUCCGGAUUUACAUCCAAGUUUAGUUUGCAGCAAAUGCUACCAGUUUCUAAAGGACACCAAUAAACCAAACAGAACAAUCACUGAAAGUACAAUAAAAGAGAGGAUUAAUGUAUUUGAAAAGGUAAACAAACAUUGGACUGAGAAUGAGAGUGAAAUCGAGGCAUGUUGGCCAUGUCAAAAACACAAACAGAACAAUGCAUUUGGAAAAUGUACUCAAUCAAUUGAUAUGGAUAUAAGUAUCGAAAGUGAUUUCAGUAAUUGCCUUACUAGUACACCAGUGAAAAAUAGAAAAAGUUUUGAUAUAAGUACAACUGAUGCAGACACCUGUAUGACUCCAAAUCGGGAAAAUAAUACCGCAUUUAAAGAAAUAUUGGAUAAACCAAACAAUGCACCUCUAAAUUCGCUAGAGGAAAAACUCCUUACCAAACUCAUGCGUAGGAAAAUAGCAACAUCAGACUCAAAACAAGGUGAAGUUUACUUAAAAACUGGAGGAAAGGUAAAUAAUAUUUAA